AUUUCUCUCUCCUGCUCUCUCUUCCUCUCUGGCCCCCUCAUUUAUACGCGCACUGCUGGGCCUGAGGGACCUGAAUAGAUAGUGCCUUCGCUUCUACCAUUCGUCUCCGUCUGCGAGUCUCUUGGCCGCCAUUCUCCCCUCAUUUUACAAGACAUGGCGGAAGAAAAGCCCGCUGUGCUGAUUAUCGGCGGCCUGGGCUAUACCGGCCGCCAUCUUGCCCGCUACCUCCACGAAAACAACCUCGCCUCCACCAUCCGCCUCGUCGAUAAACAUCUCCCAGAAUUGGCAUGGCUGGCCCCGGAAUUCAAGGAAGCCUGCUCAAAAGAGCGCUUCAUGCAGGCGGAUGCUUCCCGAGAACAGUCCCUCCCACGCAUCUUCGACCGCGAAGACAACAAGCAGUUCGACUACGUCUUCAACUGCGGCGGCGAGACCCGCUACUCGCAAGAAGACGAAGUCUACAAGAUGCGCUCCUACAACCUCUCCAUGGCCCUAGGCACCGAAGCCGCAAAACGCAAGAUCAAAUGCUACGUCGAGAUCAGCACCGGCAUGGUCUACAAGCCCGACAGCGUCCCCCGCAAGGAGACCGAUAAACUGAAACCCUGGUCCAAGCUCGCAAAGUGGAAAUUAUCCGCCGAAGAGGAUCUGGCCAAGAUUGAGGGCCUCAAUCUGCUGGUACUGAGGACAGUACAUGUCUAUGGCCCGUAUACGAGCAAGUUCCUCGCCACGGCCUUGUGCAUGGCGCGCGUGUACCAGUCCUUGGGCAAGGAAAUGAAGUUUCUGUGGAAGGAGGAUUUGAGGACAAAUACCGUGCAUGUCGAGGAUUUGGUCAGGGCCAUGUGGACGGGCGCCGAGUGGUAUGUGAAGGAGGGGGUGGCGGGGAGGAGGCCGCCGCCCGUGUUCAACAUCGUGGAUAAAGGGAAUACUUCACAAGGAGACAUGGCCAGGAUCAUGCACGAAAUCUUCGACAUUGAAACCGGCUUCCACAACACCUUCAUUUCGGCCUUCGCGCGCCUCAACCUCGACCACGUCGUCGACGACGUCAAUGACGAGACCCUGGACCCCUGGGCCGAGCUGCAAAAUAACGCGGGAAUAAGUCAGUCCACGCCCUUGAGCCCUUUCAUGGAGAAGGAGCUGCUGAGGGACAUGGAUUUGUGUCUUGACGGGAGCGAAUUUGAGAGAGUCACGGGAUUUCAGUACUCGCACCCCAAGAUCACAAAGGAGGAGGUCGAGAAGGUCAUUGAGAGUUACAAGUCCAUGGGCUGGUGGCCGUGACCUUGGAAGGGUUGCUGCUACCUUUCCUAUGACUUCUGCACGCAUCUUCACGCUCUCACGAGUCUCGAUCCGACUCCGAUACGCCUCUCCAUCUCGUCUACGUCAUGUUUAAUAACCCCUCUCCCACUCUAGUUGGCUCUGCACUCGGCUUCCCUCUCACGGCCGACCCCAUUGCUUGCUCGAUUUCUUGCCUGCUUUGCAUUGUUUCGGAGCGUUUUCAGCAUCAGUAUCAGCAGCCACGUUUGACCUUCC